AGAACGAGAGCAAGACAAAGAGAGAUAGAUCGUCUGAGGUCUGAUGUGGCAGAGCAAAGUGGUGAUAUUUCACGAUCUAUAGCUGGCCCAAUCAUUAGGGAGAAUUAUGGUCAUUCUGAGCGUCAGAUGGAUAGACAUCCAAUGCCCCGGACACUUGCUGGUGCAAUUGGCCCCACGGACUGGAAUGAAGCUCUGCAUGCUAUUGUUAAUGGUUCUCCUGAGCAGUCUGUUGAAGGAAUGAAGGUUGUGUGCCAUGAUCUAGCACAGGCAACCAGUGGUCCCAAAGGCAGUGCUAUGGAUGAUAUUGUCAAAGAUGCAGAUCAUCUUGUUUCUUGCUUGGCAGAUAAGAUUGCCAAGACUUUUGACUUUAGUCUGACUGGUGCCUCUUCAUGA